UGUCAACCAUCGCCAGCUGCCAUUUCAAUUGAAAAAUAACGUAUCUGUGGCUUCGAUUGUGUUGUGGAAAAACAAGCUCCGAAAAAGUCGUAUAAUAUUAAAGAUACAAGGUAUUACAGAUAAUGGCAGACAAAGAUCGUAUAUUCCAUCUUUACUCGGAUGAAUCGAUUGGAGGUACUACGAAAUACAGCGAUCAGGAAAACCGUGGAGUGGAAUCGAAAACAAACGCUGUACAACGAAACAAGGAGCGUCAGCAAGGCCAAACGAUGAACGUAUUCGAAAGGAAUUACGAGUACGCACGCAUCUAUGAGAAUAAGCGGUGCGCGCUGAAAGCUGAAAAGGAUGCGUAUGCGAUGAACCAGCGUCACUUUAAAGCAUCGCCAAUGCCUAUCGUUCAACCUCAGCAGGUGAUACGCCAUGAGGUGCCAAAGUUUACUGUACCGGAAACACCGCAAGUGUUAAAACAUAGCAAACGUACGCCUCGGAAGUGAGUUUAGCAAGCUGGGAAAAUAUUUGCAAGGGGACAUGGAGCAGCGAUAGCACAAGAGCCCAACUUGUAAGAAUGAUGUUAAUUAUAAUACAGAAAGGGUAAAUUUUAAAUGGUAACAUGAAAACGGAUUUCCAGGAAAAUAUGUAUAAGCCGCAAUAAGCAAAAAAGGUCGGUUUUAUAAUUGGAAACGGCGCCGGUCUUUCGCAUACGACCGGUACCAGAUCCAGCAUGAACCGUUCCCUUAUAGAUAGGAUUAACUAUCCGGCUACAGGACAACAAUAAGUUUAAGAAGGCAUGCACGGUUUACAGCAGUUUGAUGUUCCAGAAAGAAGUACAUUUAUGUAGCACAUUUUAUUUCAGGUAUGCUCGAUCAAGUCCGCUACGUGUAGAAGGGCAAGAACAAUUUGUUGCCAACAGGAAAACGUCAAAAUGACAAGCAUUUUUCGCUGCAAUCCUGUGACGGAAAUUGUUAUACGAAUCGUAAUACAGAUUAAAAACCACACAGUUUAUGAA